AUGUCGAUUCCUUGCCUCUUUGAGGAUCGUUUCACAGUCCGGAGUGUGGACAAUAACAAAUUUGAGCGUGUUAGCAGAAUUCGUGCCAAGAGCUCGGGACUCGAUGCAGAACUCAUUUUGGAUGUCAACAAACAGCUGCUCCCUCUUGCCGAAAAGCAGGGGGUGCAUAUUGGUCUCACGAACUCGUUGGUUCUCCCAGACCGCAAGGCAGAUGGCUCCACAGACGCACAGCAGUUAAGCGGCUACGACUAUGUCAUGUAUGGCAAGGUUUUCAAGCUAGAGGAAACCUCAUCGGAAAGAAGAACCCUUUAUUUGUCCUUUGGGGGGCUCUUAAUGUCUCUGGCGGCUGACAAGCACGUCGUGGGCGAUUUGGAGCUCGAUAUGCGAGUUUAUCUCUUGGUGAAGAGAUCGCAAGAGUCGUUGGUCGAAUGCUAA